UGUCAUUCCAGUUCAUCUGUUGUUCCUGUCGCUUUGCGCGUCUGCUUUUACGCGUUCCUUUGAAGCGAAUACUUCGCUUUCCUCUCCGGUUGCCUCCCAUCCUCUGAUUCCUCAGCUAACAUCUCAUAUAAAGCAUGCCUAGAAAACGCAAGCACUCGGACGAUGAGGAAGAAGAAGAGACCGAGGAAAUUAAGAAUGGCGAUGGUGGCGGGAGAGCCAAGCGCAAGGCCGCUAUGGCCGCCAUGGCGCUCGCAAAGGACGCAGUAGAUAGUGACGAGGAAGAAGACGGUGAUUCCGAUGAGGAAGGAGACGAGGAUGAAGAGGAUUAUGAAGGAGAAGACGAUGAUGAUGAGGGUGGUGAUGAGGACGGCAAAGGGGAUGAUGAUGAAGACGAUGAAGGCGAUGAGGACGAAGAUGUAGAUGCAGACGCCAUCAAAGUUGAAUGUGUAGAGGCAAAACUGGAUGAACCCACAGCCGACAUCGCAGGUUAUGUCCUUACCAAAGCUGAGGGCGGUAAACAGAAACUUGAGAUGUGGUUUUCUGAAGAGAUGAGCGAAACUGUUGGAGAAAUCAGUGAGGCAUUUUUCACUCAUUUUGAAAACAAGAAGCUUCCAGUUCUUCAAAUUACAAAGUAUGAUGUGAUUGAAGAAAGACCUGAAGUUUUCCAGAUUGAUGUUCUUGAAGCAAAAUACGACAAAGCAUAUGACAUUCGCCAAGCUAAAGAUGAGUCAAACCUUGCCAACGACUUCCACUGCUUAGUGCGGGUUGACGAAAUCAACAAGACGUGGGCAACCCAGUACUUCAUGCCUGAUGAAGACUAGAAAACUUCAAACCCAAAUAGCAAACUCCAACAAUUAACACUGCUGCUGCGAAAGCUGACCAUCUUUCAGGUUGAAAUUCUUUUACUAGAGUGCUGUUGUCAAAACCUUGUGCUUCUACACACCUGGAACAUGGUCCCAGUUUUGUAGAAGACCAGCUUGUCUAGCAGUUUGAUUUUUUUCCCAAGAGAGAACUGCAAAUUUAUACAUAAUAUGUAUUGCUUUCAUGCCAGAAAUACAACCCCGGAUCUAUAGUUGGUAAGAUUUCUUAUCUGUUCUUAGUAAUUCUUAGUAAUCCUUAUUCAAAUACUGUUAGAUACAUUCUGAAAAAAAUUGAAUAAAAAAUUAUCUGGAUGAGUA